AUACAUUGCUUUUAGAGAUUUUAUUAAACAAAAUUCACCUAAAAAAGACAAGAAUAAUCAAAUGGAAUCUACUGAACUACACGACAUAGAUUUCAUUUCAAAUCCCUUUUCUGAGCCAACUUUCUUCACUCCAACCACAAGCUCUCUCCGACCCAACUUCGUAUCCGACGAACCGGAUUCACCAAAAGCACAAAAAGAAGACGAAGAAGACGAAUACAUCACCGAGUUGACUCGCCAGAUGACUAACUAUAUGCUUCAAGACGAUGAAAAGCAUCAAAAGUCUUGUGGUGGUGGCUCUGGUUCGCCGCAAUCGACUCUCUGGUCACCAUUUGCUUCCGGUUUGAGCAGUCCAAUUGCCCCUUCCCGUGAACCAUCGCCGCCGUUAACUCCAGCGACGACGGUGGAGAAAAUCAUGACAAAGAUUGAUACAAAACCUGUAACGAUCCCUUUUGAAUCAAAACAAGCUCUAAUCGAUGACCAGAUCCGAUCCAUUCAAGCAAACUUCCAGAAGAUCAAAAAGGAGAAAGAGAAAGAGAGGCAACGCAACGCUGACGUUUUGGGACAAAGAGCAAGGAACUACCACCACCUCCACCAACACCAGAGAGUCAGGUCAGGUGUGAAGGCGGUGUUCGUUGACGGGUCGGGUUCAAGAACCGGGUCGGGUGGAACCGGAGUGUUCUUACCACGUGGUCAUGGUACCGUUGUGGAGUCACGCAAGAAAUCAGGAUGUUCAACAGUUAUAAUACCAGCAAGAGUAGUUGAAGCCUUGAAAGUUCACUUUGACAAAUUGGGUGUUCCUUCUACAUUCUCUUCUGAUAUCCCUCCUUUUCAUGAUGCUUUGUUGGUGUCCAUGAAGAACAAAAACAACAAAAGUAACAAAAGUACUUCAUCGUCUCGGGUACAAAGUGGAUCACCGUACGUAAUGGAGAUGUCGGCCGAGAGCCACCAAGAACCACCGGCGGAUUUGCCACAGGAAUGGACGUACUGAUAAAACAUUGGCACAUGCUCUUGGUUGCUGCAGUUAUAGGUUUUCA